AUGGAUCUCUUCUUGCAUGUUGGGCCGUUGAUGGCACACCCUACACACACAGAUGACCAAACUGAUGCGUUAAAGCAUUCACGCGCUUUCACACUAUCUCACGAUGAGACUCUACCUGUCAACACAAGUCAACCCACUACUCAUACGGCGUCUGUACCAACACUCCGACGUACCCGACGAUUGAUUGCAAGUAGGCCAAAUGAGAACCCGCUCAAUGCCCGUGAUCUUGCGGUCGAGAAAAAUUCACAGUCGGAAGGUACGUCGGUUCCCGUCGCCAGGAGGAAUGCAAGCGGGAAGGCUCUUCACAUGCGCGCAACCAAACCGCUUUAUCCACCAAGUAGCUGGAAAGGAGAUAUUAGUAACGGUCGUGAUGAUGGUGAUAUCUUCACAAAAUCUUCAAUCAGUGGAUCUAAUGAACUCUUUUCUUCCAAGACCGGUAGAAGCCUCCCAAGUACCAACCAUGUUGAACGAUACAUUGGCAAAUUUAUGCAGAAGCUACCCGAGGAAUCAACUGACGAGUGCAAUUCCUCUGGGGAAGGUAAGGAGAACUUGGUAUCGUCAGCCAAGCCUUUACUCCAUCAGAACACUUCAGGACCACACACAAAGCCUUGCAACACCCCACGAGAUCGAAUAAUGGACCCCAAACCAUCGGCUCCCAAGAUCGGUUCAGACUGGUCAAAAGCUUCGUCACGAGCUUACAAACAGAGCAGCCGCAACGGAGCUACCACCCAAUCAGUAUUACCCGAUCCCGAGGUUGCCUACAGCCAAACGUUCUAUUAUACUACCUGUCCUCACACUUCACCACCUUGCUCGAGGCCUCUCAACGUCCAGCCUACCUUAACGACCUAUCACGAAAACCUACUCAGAUUCGCGCCCUUUCACCUUCGUAUACACCCCAUGGACCCAGCUCCCGAAAUUUACACACUGGAAGGAGCUUGUAGUCAGUGUGAUCUAGCUGCCCGACGUGAAGCAGAGAUCAAAGUCUUGGGUAAGUACAAAUCAAAGGUGGAUGAUCUCUCGGCGAGACUGCAUGAUUUGCAAGGAGACAUCGAUCUAGACUCUCCGACCUUACCUCGUAAGUGCUACGGUGGCACGAGCCAAAGUUCUCCACAUUCAAAAGCCAUGACUGACCAGACCAACGCAGUUUUUACGCCUGAAGCAAUCGAGGAAAUUCUAUCGAUCGAAACAGACCUUGAGUCACUGAUCAAGAGACGCGACCGAGAAGUCAAGUUCAUUUGGCGUGGAUAUACGGCACGGUGGGGACCAGCGACACUCGGAGUCUUUCGUGAUCAACUGCAUCCUCUCACCCGUACUAUGCAAACCGCAGCCACAAGCAAUGCUGAACAUGGUCUUUCUCGAUAUGGUACUGCAAGUGAUGAUGAGUCCAUCACAAGUACAGGGACAAGAUCUUCAGUUAAAGACGUUGGCUCGGGCUCUUCCGGUGCUUCAUCAACCACAUCAUUCGGCAGCGGUGGCGGAGCUACUCAUUCAUCUUCUACGCGCACUCGUCGUACACAAAACACGACGAACUAUCUCGCAUCAAGCCCUUGUGAUACACCUCAGUCCCGGUACUCCAAUGGCAUGCGCCAUGUUCCACUGCCUUCGCCUAUCGAUGCAACCAAACAGGAUGGUAGGAUGCAGAUCGGCUGGGUUCGACAAGAUCGGAACUUGUCUACGAAAACCCCAAGGAAUGUCGACUGA